ACCGUUUUAAACGCAUUAAUAAAAUAAAGGAAAUUCCAUUCAUUGCAUUUACAAAGGGAGAAUGUUUUUCAGCUGAAAUAAACAGUUUCUAAAUCCGUAGCCUAUCUAACUUUGUUAUUCCUUCAGGAAGGUUGUGAUGGAAAUAAGUAUCUAAAAUAUUUAAGAAUUUAGUAAAGUUUCUAGAAAAUAACGUGGCCAUGAAUUCGAAGCGAUCGCAACAUUAUAUUUAUUAUUUACGACACGCUGAAUGUGUCGGAAACCUCGCGGAGGAUAAGUUUCCCAAAGAAACGGAUGGAUUAACAGAAACUGGAAAAGAGCAGGUAAAGCUGGUAGCAACCGUUCUGCCCGAUAUGGACUACAUCUACUCCAGCAAUUUUCGGAGAGCAGUUGACACGGCGGAUGGGAUUCUGGCGCACCACAAAGAACGAGGCAACGUAAUAGACGGACCAACAGUUGAGAUGGUUGAGAUCUUGAGAGAACGUGAUUGUGGAGAUCUGGCCGCAUUUCGGUGGGACUCUGCUCAAUGGAAAGCGAAAUUUGGAGAGUUAAAAACUGGCAAAAAAUUCUAUCAACUUGAAUUUCCAGGUAGUAGCGCAACAUCUGCAGAAUUUCUGGAAGGACAGAAACAAUUUCUUAAGGGUGUGAUUAAAAUAUUGAGAACUGAUUCCGCCUCCAAGAAAUUGUCCAACGUUCUUAUCGUCACUCAUUGCAUGAACCUCAAGUCCGUCAUGGAGGCUGUGAUGGAUGGAAAUUUCUCCGAUUUUGUGACACUGUCCCAUCCACCGAUCCCAAAUUUCCCAUGGGCUCUGAAAAACACAGCUUUUACAAAAGUUGGAGUUGAUUUCAAUUCUGAAGAUGGAGAUAAAGUAGUGCUAACUUUUGAUGAGGUGGAUAACACAAAACAUUUGGAUGUGUUGGCAUGAAUAUUAGUUAAUUGAAAUUGUCCGUUAAUUUAAUUAUGGAUAAUUAGGUUUAUUGACAACAAAAAUGUGCAGUUUAAAAAAUAAAUUUGUGGAAGUUAUGAAGCAAAAAUCUACAAAUACAUUUAUGUACCCAUCCUCUGUGUAGUUGAGUAAUACUAAAUGAGUGUACAGAAU